AUAGAUACGCGCAUUAGCUGUCACUCCCUUGCUUUCAAUUAAUUUAUCAGUCUAUCUCUGCCUGCGCCUCACCCUCAAUCUAUCCAUCUUAGUCUUUCAUUUCCGCCCCUCCCUCUCUCUCUCUUUAGCUGAUCUUUAGUUCAGACAUCUGCCCUGUCAUAUUCUCUCAUAAUUCUUCUUCAACAAACUCUAAAACCCAAACACAGGAGGACUAAAUGGCUACCGUGGAUACUGCUGAUGACUCACAGAAAAGACAAGGAACCAGGGUUUUUAAGAAAAGCAGUCCCAAUGGACAGAUCACAGCGUACCUCGGCAAACGGGAUUUUAUUGACCAUCUUUCUCACAUUGACCCUGUUGAUGGUGUCAUCCUUGUGGAGCCAGAUUACUUAAAGGAUCGCAAGGUCUAUGCUCAUAUCUUAGCUGCAUUUCGCUAUGGCAGAGAAGAUUUGGAUGUCUUAGGACUUACAUUCCGCAAAGACCUCUUUCUGUCAUCUGUACAAGUGUAUCCACCACCAAAAGACCAAGAACGACCUUUGACACGACUCCAAGGAAGACUCAUCAAGAAGCUUGGUCCAAAUGCUUACCCGUUUUAUUUUGAAUUGCCUCCUAAUGCUCCAGCUUCUGUUACUCUGCAACCCGCACCUGGAGACACUGGAAAACCCUGUGGAGUUGAUUAUGAACUAAAGACUUAUGUAGCUGACCAUGUGGAUGAAAAACCACAUAAACGAAACUCAUUGCGGCUUGCUAUUCGAAAAUUGACUUAUGCUCCUGAAGAACCAGCACCGCAACCUAGCGCUGAAAAUACUAAAGAAUUCAUGAUGAGUCCAGGAAAUAUGAAGCUGGAAGCCUCUCUUGAUAAAGAAAAAUACUACCAUGGCGAAAGCUUAUGUAUUAAUGUUUUGGUUGACAAUAAUACUAACAAAAGUGUGAAAAAGAUCAAAAUCUCAGUGCGACAAGUUGCUGAUAUUUGUCUUUUCUCUACUGCACAAUAUAAGUGCACUGUUGCAGAGUUGGAAAGCGAAGAAGGCUUUCCUAUUCAACCUAGCCAAACAGGUUUCUGUAAGGUAUAUCACUUAACUCCAUUGCUGGACAACAAUCGAGACAAAAGGGGCCUGGCUCUUGAUGGAAAACUCAAACACGAAGACACAUGUCUUGCUUCAUCUACCAUUCUUGUAGAAAGCAAUCCAAAAGAAAAUUUAGGGAUUGUUGUAUCAUACAAGGUGAAGGUAAAACUAAUUCUAGGAUUUGCCUCCAGCGACUUAUCAGUUGAACUCCCUUUCACUCUAACACAUCCAAAACCACAAGAUACACCUCCAUCUUCACGGCCAGCUAGUGUGGCCCAAGAAAAUCCAGAUGCUCCUAUUGAUACUAACCUUAUCCAGCUUGACACAAAUGGAGAAAAUUUAAUGACUGACCGAGAUGAUGAUUUUAUCUUUGAAGAUUUUGCCCGUCUGCGUCUUAAAGGUCAUGAAGGAGAUGACACUGAGGCUUAAUCUGCCUAAGCCAAUGACCUGUUGCUACUGCUGCUCCUGCUGCUGCCCUCUUGUCCUUCAAACUUUCACAAAAAUAUUCUCUUGUUUCUAUUCUAUUCAUCUUCUUCAUCGUGGUGCCACAUCAGUUCUAUUGCUGAUUCUGAUCAGUGGCUGUGACAUGUUCAUCAUGUAUACUUUCUAGACCAGAACUCAAUCUUGACAAUUCAAAAAGAUAAUUUCAUUCUAAGGUUCUAAAUUUUCUCAUUGAUCUGUAAGUUCAAGAAACAUGUAAAAAAACACAAACCGAAAAUAUGGAGACAAAAUUCUCAGAUCUUUUGUAAAGAUUAAUCUAAAAACUGUGUUCCAUUAGUUGAGUCUCUUAUACUCAUUCAUCUUGAGUCCUGUUAUAUAUAUUUUUCUCUCAUUAACUGCAAGAAAUAACUCAUAAAGUCUGCCAACGUUUA